CGGGUCAGCUGAGCUGACUCAGGCGCUGGUCAUGUGACUCUGACUCAGCUGCAAGGCGGAAGCAGCGAUCCCAGCCCGAGACAGGAGUGGAGAAGGAGACCGGCAGCAGGAUGUUGGCGUUGUUGUUGGUGGUGUGUGGUUUCGUGGUGAUGGCGACCCCCCCGCCAGCCCCCCACCCCCUGUCCCCCGACUUUGUCAACCUCAUCAACAAACUCAACACCACAGGGCGGCCCCCCUGGAUGGGGGGCAGUUGCCCGCGCAACUUUGACUCACGGCGGCAGUGGCCGAAAUGUCCCAUCCGCGAGAUCCGUGACCAGGGAUCCUGCGGCCUCCUGCUGGCGUUUGGGGCGGUGGAAGCCAUGUCAGACCGGAUCUGCAUCCACUCGAAGGGCCAGGUGAAUGCGGAGAUCUCUGCAGAAGACCUCCUCAGCUGCUGCAAAGAGGAGUGUGGCAAUGGGUGUAACGGGGGCUACCCGUCCGGAGCCUGGACGUACUGGACACAGCAGGGUUUGGUGACCGGGGGGCUCUAUGCCUCCCACACAGGCUGUCGGCCCUACUCCAUCCCACCAUGUGAGCACCAUGUGAACGGGUCUCGGCCAGCAUGUUCUGGGGAGAUAUCUACCCCGCUCUGCUCCCAGCACUGCGAGGCUGGCUACACGCCCGGCUACAAGGACGACAAGCACCUUGGUGUGUCAUCGUACAGUGUGAGCCCGGAUGCGGACGAGAUCAUGAGGGAGAUCUAUGGGAACGGGCCGGUGGAGGCAGCGCUGCAGGUCUACACCGACUUCCUGCAGUACAAGUCAGGUAGGUCCCAGUGUCCGAAGCACUGA